AAAACUAGAACAAGUGUGACCCGAUCCAUCGACCCGAAUCUGUGAUAAGCUUCCAAAUCCAAAUCGUUAAUCGUACGAAAACGAAGAAAAAAUGAUGAUAAAAUUGUUCGUAACUCUCACGGCUCUGCUAGCGCUGACCGUGGCGGCUCCAGCUGUGGACGAUGCCAGCGCGACCAUUCUGACGCAGGAGAACUCGCUCGAACCGGACGGAAAAUACGCAUGGAAAUUCUCCACCAGUAACGGAAUCCAGGCGGAGGAAAGUGGACAGGGAGGUCAAUCGGUGCAAGGGUCAGCCUCGUGGGUCGGUGAUGAUGGUGUUCCGAUAGUGCUGACCUACACGGCCGACGAGAAUGGGUACCACCCUCAAGGUGUCCAUCUGCCGACACCACCACCCAUUCCGGAUUACAUCCUGCGUGCCCUGAAGUACAUCGAAGCUCACUCGCAGAACAAUUAGCGGUCUUCCGUGAUGCCACCAUCGUAGAACACCAAAAACAUUAUCUCACUUUGAUAAAUAUUUCAAAUCAACAAACAUACCUCAUAGUAGAAACUGCCAAGGAUAGC